GACGACACAAGAUCAAAGAACAUUCUGGAGUGUCCGCGACAACUCCUAUCAUAAACACAUAAAAUAUAUAAUAAUUUCAUUGUUCAUCACAAAAAUUGCGAGAACCAUAUCAUUCAUCGGUCUUUUUUAUUUUUUUCCUUUUUCUGCUACAUUUCUCUUUACACUGGUGUAAUCAACAAUGGCUGACACUAUCUUUGGGUACCCUCUCAGACGCUUAUUCUGGAGUCGUCCUCCAAUUCUCACUGAAUGGUCUGGCUCCACGGCCCUCUUGGAUUGGCUCGAAUCACCUAAUGCCCACAUCUUAAAAAUUAACGUUCCAGGAUUCAGCAAGGAUGACAUAAAGGUGCAGAUUGAGGAUGGAAAUGUUCUACACAUCAAAGGGGAAGGUGGGAGAGAGGAGCCUCAAGCAAAGGAGAAAGAUACUGUUUGUCAUGUUGCUGAGAGAGGCACCGGGAAUGGGGCUUUCUCAAGGGAAAUUGAAUUGCCAGAAAAUGUCAAGGUGGAUCAGAUCAAAGCACAGGUGGAAAAUGGUGUCCUCACUAUACUUUUGCCUAAACACACAACUACCAAAUCGCCUAAAGUGAGAAACAUUAACAUCACUAGCAGGCUUUAAGCUUUUCAGAUCUAGAAUAUGUUUAUAUGAAUAAGAAUCCAGGGAUAAAAAUAUCUUCAUGAUGUAAACAAUACAAGACCAUAUAAGUUCUUUUGUGUGUGUGUGUGUGUGGCUUGAUAUGUAGUUAUGAACUUGUGUAACUUUCUGAAUAGCUAAUUUAGUAUGAAAAAGAGCAUAGUUUGUUCCAAA